CGCCUCGCUCGCUCGCUCGCUCGCAGCUCUGCAGGCGGCCCGCGGGUCCCGAGGCGGAGGCAGGCGCUGUCCGAGGCCCCGUGGUCCGCGCGACUUUCGGAACAUGGCAACCCAUGUGCAGCUCAUCCUUGAAGGAGAAGACUUUAACCAUUGUGAUGCCUGAGAAACCAGUGAGUGUGACGUGUCUCCAGGUACUUCAUGGUAUUCUCCUCUGUCCAGUCAACACCACUGCUCCACGUGGCUCCUGAACCAUGGGGGAGAAUGAGGAUGAGAAGCAGAGCCAGGCGGGGCAGGUGUUUGAGAACUUUGUCCAGGCUUCCACGUGCAAAGGUACCCUGCAGGCCUUCAAUAUCCUCACGCGACAUCUGGACCUAGACCCUCUGGAUCACAGAAACUUUUAUUCCAAGCUCAAGUCCAAGGUGACCACCUGGAAGGCCAAAGCCCUGUGGUACAAACUGGACAAGCGCGGCUCCCACAAAGAGUACAAGCGAGGGAAGGCGUGUACGAACACCAAGUGUCUCAUCGUUGGGGGAGGACCAUGUGGCUUGCGAACUGCCAUUGAACUUGCCUACCUGGGAGCCAAAGUGGUCGUGGUGGAGAAGAGGGACACCUUCUCCCGGAACAACGUGCUGCACCUCUGGCCUUUCACCAUCCAUGACCUGCGGGGCUUGGGCGCCAAGAAGUUCUAUGGGAAGUUCUGUGCUGGCUCCAUCGACCACAUCAGUAUCCGGCAGCUGCAGCUCAUUCUAUUCAAGGUGGCCUUGAUGUUGGGAGUUGAAAUCCAUGUGAAUGUGGAGUUUGUGAAGGUUCUAGAGCCUCCUGAAGAUCAAGAAAAUCAAAAAAUUGGCUGGCGGGCUGAGUUCCUCCCUGCAGACCAUUCUCUGUCAGAGUUUGAGUUUGAUGUCAUCAUUGGCGCCGAUGGCCGCAGGAACACCCUGGAAGGGUUCAGAAGAAAAGAAUUCCGUGGGAAGUUGGCCAUUGCAGUCACCGCCAACUUCAUAAACAGAAACAGUGCUGCUGAAGCCAAGGUGGAAGAGAUCAGCGGUGUGGCUUUCAUCUUCAAUCAGAAAUUUUUUCAGGACCUUAAAGAAGAAACAGGGAUUGAUCUUGAGAACAUUGUUUACUACAAGGACUGCACCCACUAUUUUGUCAUGACAGCCAAGAAGCAGAGCCUGCUUGACAAAGGUGUCAUCAUUAAUGACUACAUCGACACAGAGAUGCUGCUGUGUGCAGAGAAUGUGAACCAGGACAACCUGCUCUCCUAUGCCCGAGAAGCUGCAGACUUUGCCACCAAUUACCAGCUGCCAUCCUUAGACUAUGCCAUGAAUCACUAUGGGCAGCCUGACGUGGCCAUGUUUGACUUCACCUCCAUGUAUGCUUCAGAGAAUGCAGCCCUGGUGCGCGAGCGUCAGGCACACCAGCUGCUCGUGGCCCUCGUGGGUGACAGCUUGCUUGAGCCAUUUUGGCCUAUGGGCACAGGCUGUGCCCGUGGCUUCCUGGCAGCCUUUGACACGGCCUGGAUGGUGAAGAACUGGGACCAAGGCACUCCUCCCCUGGAGCUGCUGGCUGAAAGAGAGAGUCUUUACCGGUUGCUACCUCAAACAACCCCAGAGAACAUCAACAAGAACUUUGAGCAGUACACGUUGGACCCAGGGACACGGUACCCGAACCUCAACUCGAACUGUGUCAGGCGCCAUCAGGUGAAGCACUUGUACAUCACCAAGGAGCUGGACCACUCACCUCUCGAGAGACUGGGCUCAGUGAGGAAAUCUGUCAGCCUCUCCAGGCAGGAGUCUGACAUCCGGCCCAGCAAGCUCUUAACCUGGUGCCAGCAGCAGACCGAGGGCUACCGGCACGUCAACGUCACUGACCUGACCACCUCCUGGCGCAGUGGCCUAGCCCUGUGUGCUAUCAUCCACCGCUUCCGGCCUGAGCUGAUCAACUUUGACUCUUUGAAUGAAGACAACGCCGUGGAGAACAAUCAGCUAGCAUUUGAUGUGGCUGAGCGGGAGUUUGGGAUCCCUCCAGUGACCACAGGCAAAGAGAUGGCAUCAGCCCAGGAGCCUGACAAGCUCAGCAUGGUCAUGUACCUCUCCAAGUUCUACGAACUCUUCCGGGGCACCCCACUGAGGCCCAUGGAUUCUUGGCGCAAACACUAUGGAGAAAAUGCUGACCUCAGUUUGGCCAAAUCAUCCAUUUCUAAUAACUAUCUCAACCUCACAUUUCCAAGGAAGAGGACUCCACGAGUGGAUGGCCAAACUGAGGAGAAUGACAUGAACAAACGAAGGCGGAAAGGCUUCAGUAACAUGGAAGAGCCUGCAGCCUUCUCCAGCCGUAGCUUGGGUUCCAAUCAAGAGCGCAGCAGCAGUAAAGAAGGUGGAAAUCAGAACAAAGUCAAGUCCAUGGCAAAUCAGCUGCUGGCCAAGUUUGAGGAGAACACUCGGAACCCCUCACUCCUGAAGCAGGAACACCAUGUCUCAGGGAUAGGUAAGCCCGUCCUGUGCUCUUCCUCUGACUGUCCUGUUAACUCUUGCUGCCCCAAGCCGGAGGAGCCCACGCCCAGCCUGGCACCUCCUCUGAAAAGGCAGUUGCCCCCUGUGGUUGUGACCGGGCAUGUGCUCAGAGAGCUCAAUCAAGUGUCUGCUGGUGGUGAGUGCCCAAGCAGACCCUGGAGAGCCAGAGCCAAGUCUGACCUGCAGCUGGGUGGGCCAGAAAAUUCCACAGCCCUGCCUCCUACCUGCCAGGGAGCGCUGGCCCUUUCUGGGGUGCUGCGGCGGCUGCAGCAAGUGGAAGAAAAGAUUCUUCAGAAGAGGGCUCAGAACUUGGCCAACAGGGAAUUUCACAAAAAGAACAUUAAGGAGAAGGCGGCUCACCUCGCCUCCAUGUUUGGACAGGGGGAUUCCCCACAGAAUAAACUACUCUCUCAAGGCCUGUCUCAUACACCUCCUCCGUCUUCUCCCUCUUGCCUUCCAUCUCCUGGUCCAGCUGCUCCUUCCUCUCUGCCGACUGUUGACUCUGCUUCUCCUGCCAGAAAGGAAAAGAAGCCACCUUCAGGUGUCCAUAUCCAUCCCAGCCACUUAAGAACAGUACAGCCUCAGCUGACAGUAGGGAAAGUGUCCAGCGGAAUAGGGGCUGCAGCUGAAGUCCUGGUCAAUCUGUACAUGAAUGAUCACAGACCUAAGGCCCAAACCACCUCUCCAGACCUGGAAUCUAUGCGAAAGGCGUUUCCCCUGAACCUGGGUGGCAGCGACACCUGUUACUUCUGUAAGAAGCGUGUGUAUGUAAUGGAGCGGCUGAGCGCUGAGGGUCACUUCUUCCACCGCGAAUGUUUCCGCUGCAGCAUCUGUGCCACUACCUUGCGCCUGGCCGCCUACGCCUUCGACUGUGACGAAGGCAAAUUUUACUGCAAGCCUCAUUUCAUUCUCUGUAAAACCAGUAGCAAGCAACGGAAGAGACGGGCAGAGUUGAAGCAACAAAGAGAGGAGGAGGGGACGUGGCAAGAGCAGGAAGCUCCUCGGCGAGACACUCCCACCGAGAGUUCUUGCGCAGUGGCCGCCAUUGGCACACCAGAAGGCAGCCCCCCAGAUGAGCCCACCUCCCCCAAGAAGCCGAAGAGCAUUCCGGAGCCAGAGCGCUGUGCUGUGGAAGGUGUGGAUGGUGGGGUCACCGCUCCCCUGCCCUCCGAGUGGACCUCAGUGCGGAUCAGCCCUGGGGAGGACGUGGCUGGGCAGGACGUGCUGGCAGUGUGUGUCCUGGUCAGCAGCGAGGACAGCAGCUCUGACACAGAGUCUGACUAUGGCAGCAGGGGAGCCUCUAGUGCAGAACCCUGUGAAGAGAGACCCUGGCGGCCUGAAUCGCCACCUGUCCCAGAGCCCCUCACCAGGCACGUCUCUCUGCGGGAGGCCCUAACCAGGACAGUCGCUCCACGGUGCUCUGAGGAACACAGACCUGUGCAUGCUCUGCAAUGGGCUGAUAGCUUCCAGUCUCCAACUCCAAGCAAAUACCAGAACUGGAGAAGAAAAUUCCAGUGGAAUCUGACACCAAUGAACAAAAGAACUGCAUCACCUCCAAAGGAAACGUCUCUUCUUUCUUCAUUGUCUUCUUCGUCCUCCCUGCCAUCUUCUUCAGCCAGCGUCCCUGGGAAUACUCCAGGUGAUUCCUCCCCACCUCAGGUGACAGCUUACAACCCCCCCUCACAGGUCUCGAGAGGUCAUUUCAGUCCUUCUACUUCAAUCUUUCUGAGGCGAGCCAGAGCCCAAGGAGCACCCCAGGAAAUCCCCCUGUAUCUGCCUCACAGCCCAGUGCUGGAGCGGGCAGAAUACUGCCUGGUGAGCCCUGCUGGAGAUAGCCUCCCAAGCCCCACAGAGAUGGCUUCUGAUGGGUGCCAGGAAUCGGGGACCCCUCUUGGGGAUGCCAGAAGCAUGCACAGAGACCCACACCCCAUUGUGAGGAAGGACAGGUGCUUGGCAGGCCAACAGCUAUCUCCCAGGGCUGCAGAGGACCCAGGACAAGGGGAUAUGCGACCCAGGAGGCAAGAGGACGGCAGGUCUGAGCUGGCAGAAGAGAAGAAGUUGGGCUUAAAGAAGUUGGUCCUCACUCAAGAGCAGAAGACCAUGUUGCUGGAUUGGAAUGACUCCAUCCCCGAGAGGGUACGCCUCAAAGCGGGGGAGCGUCUUUCCCAGAAGAGUGCUGACAGUGCUACAGGAGGCCGGGUGCUGAGACCAGUCCUCCCCUUGCUGCUCCCUCAGGCAGCGAGAAAGACACCACCAGCCCCGAGGGAGGCUCAGGAGGAGAUGGGGACCCCGGCUGAACGGGUUCCAGGAGAGCGAAGUGAGGAUCCACCCAAGUCCCCCCUGCGGCUCAUAGCAAAUGCCAUCCGAAGGUCCCUGGAGCCCCUCCUGCCCAACUCUGAAGGUGGGAAGAAGCCCUGGGCCAAGCCAGAAUCAAAACCUUUGCCCACCAGCCAGCCACAUGCCUUCACUCGCUCAGUCAGCCUUCGGAAAACCAGUUCCAAUAAAGACUGGGACCAGCGGUCCCCAGGGAGAAACAUGGCAAGCAGAGCCUCAGCCUUCUUCUCCCUGGGCACCCUGGCUGCCAAGCCUGCCCUGUCCUCAGACCUUAGCCUUCCAGAUCCUGCCCUCCGCACCCAUAGUUUGCCCAAUCAGCCAUGCAAGAUGUUUCCUGCACUUGGGUCCUCAGCCUGCAGCAAGAUGGAAGAUGUUCCCACACUCCUGGAGAAAGUGAGUUUGCAAGAGACCUUCCCAGAUGCUUCUAGGGGUCCAAAGAAAAGAAUCUCACUGUUUUCCUCCCUCAAACUCAAAGACAAAGACAAAUCUUUUGAGAGUUUCCUCCAAGAAACCAGACAAAGAAAGGACCUCAGGGACCUCUUUAGCAGCCCCAAGGGGAAGGUGCUGCCCGGGGACAGUGCCCAGCCCCUGCAGAAGCCGGUGCAGCCUUUCAAAAGCACCUUCCUAGGGCAGGUGGCCCGUGCUCCCUUUCCAGCGGGAGAUGCAGCUCCCUCCUCUCCAGUGACAGAGGCUGCUUCUUCUACCACCUCCUCUUCAGAUGAAGAAUUUGACCCCCAGCUUUCCUUGCAGUCAAAGAAAAAGACACUUAGAAGAAGGAGGAAACUGGAAAAAGCAACAAAGCAAUUGGUUAAGCAAGAAGAACUGAAGAGACUUUAUAAGGCUCAGGCCAUCCAGAGGCAGCUGGAGGAGGUGGAGGAGCGGCAGAGGGCUUCCGAGAUCCAGGGCGUGAAGCUAGAGAAGGCGUUGCGAGGAGAAGCAGAUUCAGGCACACAGAAUGAAGCACAGCUUUUGCAGGAAUGGUUUAAGCUGGUUCUGGAGAAGAAUAAAUUAAUGCGAUAUGAGUCGGAGCUACUGAUCAUGGCCCAAGAACUAGAACUAGAAGAUCACCAAAGCAGACUGGAGCAGAAAUUAAGAGAAAAAAUGCUCAAGGCGGAGAGCCAGAAAGAUGCGGACGAUCUAAAUGAGGAACAAGAAAUAUUCACCGAGAUGAUGCAAGUGAUUGAGCAAAGGGACAAACUGGUAGAUUCCUUAGAGGAACAACGCGUGAAAGAGAAGGCCGAAGACCAGCACUUUGAAAGCUUCCUGUCCUCCAGGGGCUGUCGGCUGAGCAGGACCUGAGCAGGCCCGCCGUCCCUGUGCCUCAAGGCAAGCCGGACCGGACCAGGCCAAGCAUACAUUCCCACAAGUCCUUUUGCAGGAUU